UUUAUUUCCUUCGCAAUAAAGUGGCAUGUUUAAUCACGUUAAAAGCAUCUUCAGAGCACGACGCUUCAUAGUUACUUAGCUAUUCCAAUUAUUUAUUUACACGUACGUUUCAUUAUCGAACUGCGCGUCUUCACGCCUUGAUAAAUGAGUUUCAUUAUACAUAGUGUUUUCGGCUUAAAAACGAUAGUCCGUUUUAUGGAUUAUAGUAGUCUACCUACAUUUAUGGCUACGUUUCUUCGGUAACAUUGAAUUUUUUCGAGACUGCUUAACAUCUAAUGACUAACAUCUAAUGAUGUUAACGACAAAAGUCAAGGAAUGUGGAAAAGUGAAGACACAUAAGACAUGGGAGUUAUUUAGGGCAACAGACUUCGAAUCGUUGAUGUACCCGUGCUUUUGCAUCUGCUGGCUACUCGGAUAUUUUCCUUACAAGUAUCAACCUCCAGUAUAUUCACUUUCGAAGCAACGUUUUGCCUUCUCCACGUCUAUGAUGUUCAUUUUCGUAUUCUUGUUGCUUUUCAUAAUCUACGAAAUCAACAUUGGCACGAAAAUAAACUACAGCAUACCAGAGUCGAUUCACGGGAACAUGUACGCGUUCUUAGAUGGGUUCGUGAUCGUGGUAAUGUAUUUGUCAACUGACGCUCGAUUAUCGGUAAUCCAAAAUCUGUCAAGAACCAGCUGCAUAUUGCUUACAAAGGGUUUCAAAGAUUUAUCCAAAAUGAUUCACACGAAGGACAUUUUAUGUUUUUUAUUUCUGGCCAUCCAUGUACCAAACUGUUUUAAACACGGCAUUUUCGUGACAGUACGGAAUCUUACCAACAUAUACAUAAUGAUGACCAACUUGUCCAUGGACAUAUUCUACACAAAUUGCGUGUGCAUUUUGAAAGAUUGCUUCAAGAAAAUGGAUGAAUCUAUACGACAACUGAAGAAGCUCCGAAUCAAUGAUAAUAUGUCGACGCAGACGUUCAUGCAUCAUGAACGGAUAAGUCCAUUGGUGGUGAUGAAGCUGAAGAAUUUGGAGGAAAAACACUUGCAAAUUAGCGAUGGGGUGGAAUUGCUGAAUCAUACGUUUAUGAUACGUAUUACAGUCGCAGCUAUUACGAC